AUGCUGGUUUUGUUAUUGUUCUCGAUCGCUGUCUUCAUUGCGAAUGUGGCAUCAGCUUCCUCAAUCGACUUGUACGUCUCUCCAACGGGAAGUGAUAGUGGCGGCGCGGAUGGGAGCUUUACCAAGCCUUUCAAGACGCUUACACGAGUGCAGCAAGAAGUUCGAAGCCAGAACAAACUCGAAGCGAACAAGCAAACCCCCAUUAACGUUUACCUACGAGCUGGACGAUACGAGCUGUCAGAAACGUUUGAUUUCUCCGACGAUGACUCAGGCGCUUCCGGUGACGUGCCGGUAACAUACCAAGCUUACUGUGAUACAGCAGGGGAGAAGGCUGCGAUCUCGGCUCGGACAUUCCCGUACCGCUCUGGAUCGGGAAUCCCCCCGCGUCUGCUUUGGAAUGGUGUGGGCAAUGUCGACGAGUGGGAGGGCCCAGUAGACCCCUUCGCUCAGAUGGGAGUCAACCGCAGCGCCAAUUCGCUGCUGGUGAUCCCAGCACUCCCUCAAGAUGCCGGAACGGACAUCGGCAGUGUGUGUGUGGACAAGAACAGUGUUGGCCACACCUGCUACGCCGAAGACAGUCCUAUGGCAGAGUGUGUUUCUGGGUGCAUGGCAGCAUGCCAAAGCCAUAUCGCUCGUAAGCGGUACAGUGAGGCCUUUUACAACAAGUUCGCGCACUUGUUCGGCAAAGACUUACGGAAGGAAGAGGAUUGCGUUGAGAUCUGCUCGUUAUCGUGUCGUGGCUGUGAGAAAGUAUUGAUUUCAGGAUCCAAGCUGACACCUGCGGCGACGCUAACAUGGACUUUGGAUCAUUCAGUCACGGCGGGCUCUGCUAGCGGUGGAUCCCAAGUACUUAAAGUGUUUAGAACAGAUUUAUCCUCCAUCCUGUCAGGCCUGGCAGCAGGGAUCGUGCCUGCCAAGCCCGAGGAUUUUGCCACCUUCACUACCUUGUAUGUCGAUGAUAUCCGACUGCCACGUGCAGGAUUCCCGAAUUGCUUGGUGGACUCGUCGUUACCUGCACAGAAAUUAGAUUGCUCGUUUGCGCCUGUAGAUGUGAUGGCCUCGCAAGUUAAAUACGACGCAAACACAUUUUCGAGUCGUGUAUCGACGUGGACACAUUUGAAGGAUGUUGUGGCAGACCUUCGGCCCCAGAGGGCACAACCUACAAGUCUGCACUACUCGCUCUCAGCACUUGACACUGUGACUGCUACCAUGCAACUUGGUGCUGGUGGGUCAGAACUAUCGUAUGACAUUUUCACCAAAGGUCCUGGUGCUUCGUGGUCCUCGUCCGCUAGUCUUGACCCAGCGAUUCGAGUGGAAAAUGUGUUUCAGGAGUUGGAUUCUCCAGGCGAAUGGUUCUUUAACGCCUCCACGCGUCAGUUGUAUCUAAUCCCACUAAAGUCGACGAUUUCCGCCUCCUCGUUGGCUAAGAGUGUUCUGGAGAUCCCAUUGCUUCAUCAAUUGCUGCGUGUGAGUGGCUCCCGUGAGAAUCAAUAUAUCACAUCGAGUCACGCUCACACGACGCUAAAGGAAACCUCUUCAGCCACCAAAGUGUCAAACCUCCGCUUCCGCUACCUCACAUUCUCCGGAACGCAGCUUCACCACCUCAAUAUUUACGAGCGAAUUCCUGGUUCGGCAUGGCCCAUGACACGUGUGGCAUCGAUCUAUCUAGAGUCAGCGACAAACGUGUCGAUCGAGUACUGCAACUUCGAGAAGAUAGGCGGCAAUGCAAUCAUGGUGUCCGGCGAGAACAGCAACAUCCAGAUCGCAAACAACAACAUCUCGUUCGUGGGUAGCAAUGGCAUUUCCGUGCUCAGUAGACGUGGCUUCCAGCUCAACGCGUUUCAUGAGCCCGUACUCAGUCACCUCCUUGUUCCACGCGCGGUUAACAUUUCCUCCAACCAAGUCCACCAUUUCGGUCAGCAAGUGGCACAUUCAGCGGCGAUUAUGGUAAUCGGAGCUAAGCAAACUACUAUUCACGGUAAUCUCGUCUUCGACGCCCCGACCAGCGCUGACUCCAGUGAUGUUGCUGGAACUGCGGCACUUUUCAGUGCAGCGGCGUAUCAUGUGGCCAAUGCCAUAGGCGCACACAACCUAGACGGCCUCCCGUUGAUUCGCCCCAUCAGUAAUCUCGGAGAGAAGGCCAUCUCUGUCACACCAGCACCGAUGCUUUCGUCGCAGUACCAGGUGACUGUGCCCCUGCUUGGCUUUGACGUUAACAUCGUAGCGAAGCUCGUAGGAGCUCCAGAGUGUUUCUCUGGUAGUGGCCGUGUUGGAUCCUUAUACGGAGAACGUACACCAUUUACAUACACCACUUGCUCCGGUUGCUGCUCGGUGCACAACAAUUACGCUAAAUUUCGAGUGACUGGGUCCGGUGUAGCGUGGACUGCCGCCACCUCUCGCGACGUUGUUGUGAGGCCUGGAGAGGCGAUCGAUCUGACUGCUACUUCGUCAGCAUAUUUCAACUCCAUCGUAGACGUCUACUUAGGCUUUCACGUCGUCACGCCCAACCAGAUCCUCCAUCUACCGACUCAUGCCAAGUGGCAAAUACUCACUCGAAGCUGCAAAUACGCUGAGCAAACGUACAAAGAAACCUGCGGUGGGCCGUGUGUCCAGUUAGACGGAUGCGGCAACUCAAAUAGCGCGCUACAACAGGCUGUUGGAACUUCUCUGGCUUGCAUCUCUGGCUAUGAAUCCGAUCCGCAAUCGCUGAUUUGUACAGGUCCAUUUGAGACUCAGCAAGACUGUGAUGGCUCAGGAUUGAUCAAGUCGCGCCUGUACUACAACUGCUCCAUCGACUGCUUUGCAACGACAUGUACCUGA